AGAGAGAGAGGAUUUAGGACCUGGAGGAGGUUUUUCCAGCUGUGCCCAAGUUCCAGCUGUGAUUAUCGGUCCCCCUUAAUUCAGUUUAGCUGGGUUCGGGGGGCGCGAGUUCUGUUUCUCUGAGAUCCGACCGAAACCGUUUCACUGCUGCUAUCUCACUGCAGACUCGAGAUACAGCUGAUCUUUCUCUCUCUUUCUCUAUCCACCGGUGUAACACGUCUACAAAAAGAGGCGGAACCGAGACAGUGAAGUUCAGAGUUUGUUCAGGAUUUUUCUUUCCUUUGGCGAAAUCAGUGACAGUUCCGGUAUCGUUUAGGGAAAGCGUGUGUGUGAGAGAGAGAUGGAUAUAAAGGUGGCGCUGUGUGUGCUGUGUGUGUACUGCGCAUGCGCGAUAUGUAACCCAGAUCCCAGUGAAGAGCUGAUUAUUAAUCGAUACUCAUUACCGACCCGCUGUGGCAGAGAGGUUCAGGUCGGUGAUUAUGUCCGGUACCACUACACAGGCUCGUUUCCGGACGGGAGGAUCUUCGACUCCAGUGAGCGUAAGGGCAUGCCGUUUGUUGGACUGGUGGGUGUGGACAGUAAGGUGAUUCCAGGCUUGGACAGAGGAGUGAUAGGGAUGUGUGUGAACGAGAGGAGGAAGAUCAUCAUCCCCUCUCACCUUGGAUAUGGCAUCUCUGGAGCUGGUACAGUGAUUCCUCCAGAUGCGACUCUGGUGUUUGAUGUUGUGUUGUUGGACAUAUGGAAUAAGGGUGAUGGUGUGGACACGCGUCAGAUAUUUAAGCCAUUGUCUUGUCGACGUACAGUGCAGCAUGGUGAUUUUGUGCGAUAUCUGUAUAACGGCUCACUGAUUAAUGGCACACACUUUGAGUCCAGGCAUGGACAGAAGGGCACAUAUGACACGUACGUGGAUGAGGAUCACUUGAUUAGCGGGAUGAUACAGGGGCUCACAGGAAUGUGUGUGGGAGAGAAACGCUUCAUCAUCAUCCCACCAUUUUUAGCCUACGGGGAGAAAGGAUAUGGUGUGAAGGUGCCACCUCAUGCAACAGUGGUGUUUGAUGUGCUGCUUAUUGAUGUGUUCAAUGUGAAGGAUGAUGUUCAGGUGGAGGUUCUACAUGUUCCUCAGCCUUGCAGAAGAAAAUCAAAGAAGGGAGACUUUAUACGUUAUCACUACAAUGGAACAUUCCAGGACGGAACACUGUUUGACUCCACCUACCAACGCAAAAGUACGUACAAUACGUUUGUGGGUCUGGGUCAUGUGAUUGCUGGAGUGGAUAAAGCCUUGCAAGGAGUGUGUGUGGGAGAAAAGAGACACAUCAUCGUCCCCCCACACCUCGCCUACGGAGAGAAUGGGACAGGUGGCCUUAUUCCUGGUUCAGCUGUGCUGAUCUUUGACCUCCACAUCAUUGAUUUCCACAAUCCAAAAGACUCAGUGGACAUUCAGAUUACCCACAAACCCCUGCAGUGCAACAACACCAGCACCGCUAAUGACCUUGUCAUCUACCAUUACAACUGCUCUCUACUGGAUGGAACCCGACUUUACUCAUCAAUGGACUUGGGCAGACCUGCACAGGCAACCUUGGGUCAAGCAGAGGUCAUCGAGGGGCUGGAUCAAGGGCUAAAGGGCAUGUGUGUGGGGGAGAAGAGGGAGGUGAUUGUGCCCCCCCACUUUGGUCAUGGACAGAAUGAAGGUUCUGUGGUUCCUGCAGAUGCUGUGUUAGUUUUUGAGCUCGAGCUGUUGGAGUUGCAUAAAGGUGUUCCUCAGGGCUUCCUGUUUGUCUGGCUGGAGGAGAUUCCUGAUCCUCUCUUUAGCUUCAUGGACCUUAACCAGGAUGGAGAAAUUCCACUGGAGGAGUUCAGAGCAUUCAUCAGGCUGCAGGUGUCAACAGGCAAAGGUCGUCUCCACCCUGCAAUGGAUGCCGAUGUAAUCAUCAGAGAAAUGUUCACCAGCCAGGAUCAGAACGCUGACGGGAAAAUCACGGAGUAUGAACUGAGACUUCAGAUGGACAAGACAACGGGACAUGAUGAACUCUGAGACAGAAACAUGCGUGAUGUCACCAGUGUCUAAUACCUGCACAGGUGAAUAAGGAAGUGCUGAGGAACUCUCCACAUGUUCAUCAGGAACAUCAGGAUAAAGAGGCCUGACUCUCAAAACAAACACACACACUCUAAAGUUCUGUUCAGAAUAAAUGUGCUUAAAUAUUGACUGUAUAAACCACUCAUCUUAGGGCAGAGUUGUUUGGUGUGUGUGUGGGGGGGGGCUGGGUAGCUCACCAUCAUGCCACUUCUCAAUAGAUAUCGUAGGGUUGUGUUUGACUUAAGUCCAAACGUUACAUCAAAAUUAGAGUAAUUACAAAAGUUCCUCAGAUUCAGAGUCUGUUUUUGUUGCUGUUCUGAGCUCCACAUUCAGAUCAGACAGUGGGACUGGGGUUAACACACGUCCUUACUCAAGGCAGUAUUAUAAUAUUAUAAAUAAAAAACUGAAAACAUUUA